CUUCUUUUUUUUUCUUUUUUUUUAUUGAAAAAGAAAAAUGAUAAUUUAUUAAUAUGAAAAACCCAUGCAUAUAGUGUCGAGAAAGUAUAUUUUAAUAAAAUCAUUAAAAAAUUUCCAAAAAAAAAAGAAAGUAGUAGGACCGACAGCAAAGAGAGCGUGUGAAAUCGUUUUAACAUAUUUUAAAAAUCUGAAGAUUCGUUAAAGUGUGUUGUGUGCCCUUAGCAAAUUUCUUCUUAAUUGUUCAACUUUUAAUUAACCCGCCAUGGAUAAAGUUGUUAAAUUCUGCGAACCUGGACGUGCUUUUGCCAAGGACUCAAUACGAUUAGUGAAACGCUGCACAAAGCCCGAUCGCAAAGAAUUCCAGAAAAUAGCUAUCGCUACAGCUAUUGGUUUCUGCAUCAUGGGUUUCAUUGGUUUCUUUGUCAAAUUGAUACACAUACCCAUUAAUAACAUAAUUGUGGGUUCAUAAGUGAUUCAAAUAAUAACAACAACAAAAACAAGGGAAAUAUCUUUUUUACAACUUGAAAGCUGUAUCAGCGAUUUAUAAUUUUAUAAUUCUUUUCUUUAAUUCAUCUGUAACGCUAUUUUCAAGUUAAAAGUUGCGCAGAAAUUUCUUUUCAAUGGUUUUGCAUUGUUUAAAAACUUUUCUAACAGCACUUUGUGCUAAAAAAAACGAAAAAAAAA